AUGUCUGAAUCCACAUCCACAUCCACCGCGUCCCCUUCUCGAAAAGAAUUGAUGCUCGAAGUCCUAUUCGCACAGCGUGGUUUCUCCAUCUCACCUUUCAAAACCGGUAUGCAAAGACUUGAAGAGGUGGGCCAAACCAUUGCCAUGCCAUCAAUCCAUCAUUUGAACAUUGGACUCGGAAUUAUCGAUAAUCACAGAUUGGGUUUAAAAAUUGUACGAAACACCCCGUCGGUUUUACUCGCCAAGAUGUCGCAAGAUGCGAAAAGGCGAUGGUUGCGGGCUCGUUUGUUGGUAGCUGCGGAUGAUUAUUUACGAUAUUGUCGCGGAGAUGCGUUUGCGAGACUUGCUGCCUCUCAAAAAUUUGUCGUCGAUAUCUAUUUCGAAUAUCGAAAAUCAUGCUUCUCCGGGUUUGUAUCAACGGCAUGA